AUGCUCAAACCUCCACAAACGCCAGCCGCUGCGGCAACGUCUGGACAAGGAUCGGCGCCAGCAGGGGCGGCGGCCAAAGGCGGCAGCGUCGACGGCGGCGGCGGUGGCGACACGACUCCGAAAACGGCUGUCAUCAGCCUGGUAUCACCCGACGGCAAGGGCAAAGGCAAGGCCAAGGCUGUGCCAGACAGGUCCAGGCGCUGGCUGCUGUCGGACAACGAGGCUGCGAGCGACGUUGACUUCAUGCGGGAGUGGCUACAGGCCGCUCAGGAGGAGGAAAAGCAAGACGCCGAGAAGAAGGAGUCGGACGGACAGCAGGCUGAUGGUGCCGGCGAGGGGGGGGACCGAGCAGCCGAGUCUAGCGUAGCCUCCACCGCUGUAGCUGUACACCCUGCGGGCGGGUCGAAAGCGUCCGGAGAUUCAGCGGCGGUAGUGGCAACAGGCGCAGUCGCGGGUGUCGGUGACGGUAAGGGUAAGGAAGGGGCGGUAGAGGCCCCUGGUGGUAGUCCGGCGGCGUCGGGGGAUGCGGGGAAGAGCGGUGAUGCCGCCGGCGCCGGCGCGUCGGCUACCGCCAUGGACGUAGACAACGAUGAUGACUUGACCGAGGACAAGGAUAAGGAUAAGGAUAAGGAUGAGACAGAGGGAAAGGGCUUGGAGAAUGCUGUGGCGGUGGCGGUGGAUGGGAAGGCCGAAGAAGGAGGGGGUGAGGCUAAGCCGGCGACUGGUACCCAGCCAGUGGAAGCGGCAGUCAAGGAGGGUGAAGGGGCGGCAGCGGUAGGGGAGACGGACAAGGAGGAAGGAAAGGAGGAGGAGGAGGAGGAGGAGGGAGAGGAGUCCGGGCCUAGCUACGGGGAGGUGAUGGAAUGGGACGCCAGACGGGACGCUUUGGAGCUCAAGGAAAUCAUGAUCGCUGAGCGCACGAGGGAGCGGCGAAGAGGGCUCAUGAGGGAACAGGCUAAGGGGCAGGCAGUGGUCCAGUACCUCACCAAGCUGGAGAGGGAGGAGAGGGGGAGGAGCAACCUCCUACGCGCCAAGGGCCUGAUGCUGGCGGACGUGGCUAGGAUGCUGCCCGAACGCGUGAAGGAGAUGAUCGAGCUUCGAAACAAAAUUGACAAGAUUUCCCAGGGUCUCGGCGGGAGCGGCACUAACGAUAACAAUGGCGAUGGCGAUGGCGGCGGAAAGGCCGGGACCGCAGAGUCUUCAGUGGAAGGAACAGCAGCUGGUACUGGCUCUUUGGCAGGGGAGGCCAAGAACAAAAGCAAGGCUUCGCGUGCAUCCGAAGGAAGCACCAACGCCACCGCCAACACCCAGCGGACAUCACCGUCUAGCUCGGGCUUCGACAUGGCUUCUGCUGGUGCCACCACUCCUGGCUCUUCUGCUUGUUCCGACGGCAAGGAUAAGGGGAAGGGGAAGGCUCGGCGAAGGAACGACGACAACGGGAAGGGCGGCGAGUCUGCGAAGUCCGGGGUAGUAGAUUCGAUGGCUGAGGACGAGGGAGAGCAGGAGGCGUCGCCAUCGUCAGCAACAGCGGCAGCUUCGUCUUCGUCGUCGUCCUUCGCGGCUACGCCGUCGUGCGGCGACGAUGCCAGUGGCGAGGGAUUGUUGCUGGGUUCGAAUCCAGACGUGCACGCUUUGACGGCGCAGUCGAUGCUCAGGUGCUGGAAUGCCGUGAGGGAGAGGCUAGCGGCGGCAAGGAAUGUGGUUCGGGAAGUUAACGCAGGCGGAGGAGGAGCUCCGUACCAUGCCGCCGCCGGGCAUUCAACAGCAGCAGCGGCGGCUGGAGGGGGGGGGGCAGAGGAUGGGCGCCCGAGGGGGGUGGGGGGAGGCAAGGGGCCUCGCGGCGGGAUUCGACCGGCUGGUGGGGGGGGUAGGGCGAGGUCACGAAAGGGAGGAGAAGCCGUCGACAUGGACGUGGAUAGCGAUGUCUCCUCCUGCGACGAGAGCAACAACGACAACAGCCCCCCCCGGGGGGCGGCACACGGACAGCAGCGCAAUGCCACCCGGAAGCGGAAGGCGUCCCGUGUGCUGGGCCCCUCAAACGCCGCUUCUUCCUCCUCAAAUGCUGCCGCAGCAUCAUCAGCAGCACGCAAGCGCGGGCGUAAGGCAGAAGGCGGUAGUGGCAGUGGGAGGGGGGGCGGCAAGGCUACGGCGGCGGCGGUCGCGGCGGCGGCGGCGGAUGUUGUGCCGGUGGAGCGGCUGGACUGGCCCUCUACUGUGAUUCCGCGGACCCCCUACGCGGUCCCGCUGCUGCUGUCGUGUCUCAGCACGUACCCGGAUAAGGGGGGUGGUGGCGGUGGCAGCAGCGGCAGCAGUAGUGAGUGGGAGCUGUCCUCGAAGCUGCUGCCUAGCUUGAGGCAGCAGGAGUUGGUCCGGGAGGCCAACCUGCAGGAUAGGGCGCGAUGCGAGCAAACAGAGUCCGUGUCCCGCAUGUACGCGGAGGCUAGCAAAAGCGUCGCGGAGCCAAGGGUGUCAGCGGCACACGCGGCCGUCAAGCUCAAGACCGUAUUCAGGGCGGAGCGGCAGGAGGCCGAGCGACUCUUGUGGCGGCAAGAGCUUAAGGAGAUGGAAGAGGCGGUCGCAAAGGCCAUGCCCCCCCCCCCUCCCCCGGACAACACCGCCGACGUGGACGUUGGUGGUGAUAGUAGUGACGUCAACAAGAAGAAGAAGAAGAAUGAGGAGGAGGAGGGAGAAGAGGAGGGUCUGGAGAGCGUGAUGCGUGAUGAUGAAGACGCCGCUGGAGAAGCUCAAGGCGAAGCUGACGCUCGCGUUACCGCCAGGGCUACGAAGGGGAAGGGCAAGGGCAGGGGAAGGCGAGGCGCAACAGCGGUGGCCACCAGGGUGUACCCUACAAGGGAUUCCUCCUCGACCGGGACUAGCUGCUGCAGCAUCGGGGCCCGCUGCUCGCUCGUCCCCACCGACCACAAGAACACAGAAGCUCUCCUCGCCCUCAGGAGGUAGCACUGCCCUAGGCAGCGGUGGUGCGAAGCUUUCCUCCGUUCCGUCCAACAAGCUGGCCGGCCCAAAUAGCAGCACCGGGGGUUCCGCGGUUGGGAGCGGGAGGGGGGUGGAGUCGCGAAAGGGGCGUUCCGCGAAGGGGGGGGGGGGGACGCGGCCCCCCAGCCCCGCCGUGGUAACUAGCAGGAGAAGCUCUACCCGAGGGGAGGCUAACAAGAGUAGGGCGUGACGGACCAGCAGCCUUUGCAGGGUUUUUCUGUUAAGUAAACAUGUUGGAUGAAGGAUGCAAUCAAUCGGGGAAGUUGGGUUAGGGUCAGGGUUAGGGAAUACGGUCUGCGUACCCCCUCCCUGUUCCAUUUCCUCAUACACACCAUCAUUUCCCGCCAAGGAGGUCCUGACGGACGGGCGGCGUCGUAGCUGACAGGCUGACUGACAGGCCCACCUGGGUGUCCGGGA